AUGCACAACGAGCAAAAGACGAUGGGGAAAGAAAACCAAAUACAAGUUAGAAUAUAUAUCCUGGAAGGAUUGGAUCCGCGAUUUGUAGAGGCAUCUGGAUCAUACUUCUUCAUGGACCCGAUGUUUUUCAUCAGGCACGAAAGGAAUACUGUAUGGGAUAUGGGUGAUGUACAAGAAGGAUUUACAAAACUGGCAGCUGUUAUUCUUUGUGAACCACCGGUUCAUGAAGUAUAUCGUGGACAUAGCCUUUUUCCACAAGAGAUGAAGAGUGAGAUAUUUCAAGGUGGCUAUGUGGAUUUUAUCGAUUUUGAUAUCUUGACCAGGGAUGGCCUGAAUGGGGCAUUUGAUGGCCCUCCAAGAACCUGCAUGCUCGAUGAUCUUUGCUUCUACUUGGAGCAUCACAGUCCACUUCUAUUCGAGAUGGAAGGAGCGACACCUCCAUUAAUCACGUCGGUUUUUCUCAAGAAAAUAACAGCUUCUCAUUACGUGAAAUUGAUAGAUUAUUUCGAAAUAAUUGUUCAGAGAUUAAGGAAAACAGAAUGGCAACUCUCGCGACAAACUGACUGGCAAGCCUACAAAUCCUGGCCUGAAAAAUAA